UGUGCUCGUCGCACCAGACAAUACUGGCCAGAUAGCGCUUCCAAACGCCAAGCUGGAUUUCCUUCAGAUGAAGCAGCUGAAACGCAAAAGGAAGAGCAACUACAGUGUGAAGGAAACACAGACCUUAAUCAGGGAAAUCCGAAAGCGCAAGGACAUACUCUUCUCCAAGCAGCAGAACACAGCCAUUAACGAGCUGAAGAGGAGGGCAUGGGAUGAGGUGGCGGAUUGCGUGAAUGCUCUGGGAGAGGGCGAGCUGAGGACUGCCGUGGAGGUCAAGAGGAGGUACCUGGACUGGAGAGCGCUGAUGAAAAGGAAGCAGAUCAGAGCGGAGCUGGCUGACAUAAAAAACGAGUUCAACCCUUCCUCCCCGGACGUCGAGAACUCUCUGAGCGGCGACCCGAGUGUGGAUCUGGGUGGUUUUCCCAAGGAUUCCAGUUGCGAUUGGCAAGACCUCUCUGACCUGGGAGAGCCCAGCAGCCACCCUUCUUCAGGAAUCAAAAUGGAAGAUGAUGACCCCAGCAAUUAUAGGCUGGAAGGGGAAGGUGAAGAGGGAGAGGAGGAGGAGGAGGAUGAAGAUGGUUUCCCCUCCCUCCUGCCAGACGUGGACAGGGAAGGCAGGGUGCCCGAGGUUUUUGCUCACAUCGACGAGUUUGGGAUGCUGAGCGCCACCAAGGGCGCGACCCGGGAACUGGGGGUAGGGGUUGGCGCGGCAGGAGCCGCUGACGGCACCAACCUGCUCAUCGCCCUGGAGAAGCAGCGCCUCGAGCUGGAGAGGCACCGCCUGAACGUGGAGUCCGAGCGGCUCCAGGUCGAGAAGGAGCGGCUGCAGAUCGAGAAGGACAAGCUGCGGCGGGUUGACAUCGAGCACGAGCGCCUGCAGAUGGAGAAGGAGCGGCUGCAGAUCGAGAGGGAGAGGCUCAGGCUCCUCAUGUUCCAGGCCGAGAGGCCCGCCAAGGACUGUGAGCUCCCACCGACGGACAGGAAGCCGUGGCAGCCCGUGGACCUGGAGUCCGAGAGACUGAAGCUGGAGAAGGAGCGCCUGCAGCUGGAAAAAGAGCGACUGCAGUUCUUCAAGUUCGAAUCGGGGAGGCUGCAAAUCGAAAAGGAGCGUUUUCAGGUGGAGAAGGAGAGGCUGCAGUUGCAGAAAGACGGACAGCAGCUGUCUCUUCACCAGGCCCACUAGACGGAUGCGAUCUUAACUACGAAAAAAUAAAGGUCCUGGUUUUUUGUAUGUGUUUCGUUCAAGAAAACAUUUUCUGGAUUUUUACAGGCAUAUUUUUUCAAGUUGCACUGUGCAAUGAGGCUUUUGUUUCCUAACUGCUGUGUUAAAUACAGUAACACUCCUCUAUACAUUGUUUAUCUGUUCAUUUGCAGAUUUACUGCUGUUAUUUUAUACCAACGAUUCCACUGCCCGAUACUUCAAAAUGCAGUACGUCGUACCGAUGAUUGAAUCAUAUAACAUAACCUUACUGAACUACAUGUCGAAUUGAAACGUAGCGUUUUAUCUUAAUUUUACUACUCUAAUGCACGUGUAUGUGUAUUAACUCAAUUCAGAAGACUAUAUUCAGUAGUCUUGUCCCAGGGGGACAAUUGUCAUACUGUAUUUAUGAAUGUACAAUGUACAGUGCAUAUGCAGAAGUGUCAACAGUUACAGAGUGUAAUGUGUUAAAUAUUUUAUGUGAAACAGCAAUGGAAACUUUCAAUAUGGGGGGAAAAAAUAAUUUUGUGCAUUUUUACUGUAUUAAGGAAAAGAUUAGUUAAACCAUGAUGCUUUUUAUGGGAGAGUGUAUACUGUAUUUCUUAGUCCCAGUACUGACCAUAUCCUUUUACUUUAAUCCUUGUGGUGAAAAUCCUUUCAAGAAUGCAUCCCCAAUGUAUACUGGGGUAUGACUGUAUGAAAGAAUUAUACAGUGUCUAGUCCUUUAUGGAACACUGUUUUAGCAACACUGUAAUGUCAGAUUGGUUCCCAAAUAAAUGCAACAGCAUACAUACAAAAAAUGUUUUAAUAGCUUGCAGUUCCCAAAACAGUCAGCGGAAGAUGCAUUUAUGAUGUGUCCAUCAUUUUUAUCUACAAAUAAAGAUACAUGUACUAGCUAUUUGUGUAAAUGUCCUGUAUGCAUCUGGGGGGUUAUCAUUUCAGAAGUUUAGUACUGUAUGUGAUAUGUAGAAGAAUCCGUCAACUCCUUUAAGUUUUUAAGAAGCACAAUGUGGCAGUGAAAAGAAUGCUUGAGGCUCAAGAGCAUUUCUAAGUCCUUUUGUGAAUACAGUUGUACAGCCUAAAGAUUCAUAUUUUUAUUCACCUUGUGGUAUCCUGGAGCUACCAUUUCUUCCUUUGUAGAGUCACAAAAACAUUUAAUGUUAUGAGAGUACUGUGUGUAUGUUCAUUUGCCACUUCUUUUAUCAAAAAGAGAAUAAAAAAUAUACUGAGAACAA